UCGCGGGCUCAUUGUGUAUGGACUCCACGCGACGCAAGUGAGCAUGCAUGGUGACAAGCGUGUCAAUCCGUGCCGCCUCGAGGACCCUCAGGCUCGCCGUCUUGACCCUCGGGCUGUGCCUCUCCGUCGGCAUUUGGCAUGCUACCAUGUAUCCUUCUCAUGUCCUGCCUCCAGUUGAAGAAUUCUGGGAUGGUAUAUACGGUGCUCAAUAUACCUCGUCCAUGCGAGUGUGGCAUCCUCCGCCUAACGAGCUCGUCCCACCGAUUGUACAGUUCUCGUAGUGCUGCACUCAUCUUGAUAAG